CCUAGUAAGAUGACAAAUUCAGUUGCGCUGCCUAAACCUCCAGCUGUUGUGAAUCAAGCUUCCAAAAAAAGAGGUGUUCCAAAGGUUUUAUCUCCGGUUCCGAUGGAUGUGUCUAUGCAAGAAGAGGAUUUGUGCCAAGCCUUCUCUGAUGUGUUGCUCAACAAUGUAGAAGACAUUGACGCUGAGGACCAGGAGAACCCCCAGCUUUGUAGUGACUAUGUAAAGGAUAUUUAUCUUUACCUGAGGCAGCUCGAGCUGCAGCAGUCGGUGCGGCCCCGUUACCUUGAUGGGCAGACGAUCAACGGGCGCAUGCGCGCGAUUCUGGUCGACUGGCUCGUCCAGGUGCACUCGAGGUUCCGGCUCUUGCAGGAGACGCUGUAUAUGUGUGUUGCGGUUAUGGAUCGCUUCUUGCAAAGCCAUCCGGUGCCCCGUAAGAGGCUUCAGUUGGUGGGUGUAACGGCACUGCUUCUUGCUUCCAAAUAUGAAGAGAUUUUCUCUCCUGAUGUAGCAGACAUUGUUUACAUUACUGACAACGCCUACACCAGUGAUGAAGUUAGAGAAAUGGAAAGAGCGAUUCUCAGAGAGUUGAACUUUGAUUUGGGGCGUCCUCUUCCACUUCACUUUCUAAGAAGAGCAUCAAAAGCUGGUGAGGCUGAUGCUGAACAACACACACUAGCCAAAUACCUAAUGGAGCUGACUCUAGUGGAUUAUGACAUGGUGCAGUAUCAUCCUUCAGAGAUCGCAGCUGCUGCAUUAUGCUUGUCACAAAAGAUUCUGGGACAUAACAAAUGGGUAAGGAAGCAGCAGUACUAUACUGGCUAUACAGAAGACAGUCUUAUGAUGACUAUGAAACACAUGGCCAAGAAUGUUGUCAAAGUGAAUGAGAAUUUAACAAAAUACACUGCUAUAAAGAGCAAGUAUGCAAGUAGCAAACUCCUGAUGAUCAGCACAGUCCCUCAACUGAACUGCAAGAUGAUCAAGGACCUAGCUUCAUCACUCCUAUGAUAGCUCGGUGCAGGCGAGUCCU